AUGGCUAUUAGGCCCGACACUCUCGCAGCUAUUCCGCUCUGCCUCAUAGUUGCGCUGGGUACCCGAUUUGAGAUCUUUCUGAUUGCCUCUAUCGCGCUCUACUUCAACUGGCAAGACGGCGCGAAACUCAUAGAAACUUACGUUGGGUUCACUUACCUUACGACGGUCUUUGGAAUUGGUUUCGUUGUUCUUGGGCUUAUUCAAUUCCUUCGAUACAUCAAUACACUCAAAAGCUGGAACUUGGAGCAAAAUGAGUUUCCUGCCAAACCUUUGUUUUUUACUUGCGAGACGAGUCAUACAAGAUUCUUUCCUCAAAAGAACUCUUUCAAAUACAGCUACCUCCUUACAGGGAUUCCCGUAGGAUGGAAAGGCAAUUCGGGUGGAAUGAUCUCAGCAGAUGUGGAAACGGAUGAGACACCUUGGUAUUCAAAGCUAUUAUCUCACAAGCCGUUCGGCGCUUGGUGGACUGUACGUGGAGAUAAUUACAUGGCAAGAGGUUCUGCUAUGAAUGGACUGCGAGGAAAGCUGGACCAAUACCUUGAAAGUGAGAAUCUCGACCCAAAAGAUUACCCUUAUGCGUAUCUGUUCACCGCUGCGAAAUUUCUUGGUUACUCAUCGAAUCCAGUUUCUUUUUGGAAUUUAUAUUCCGAAUCCAAGGAGCUCAAAGCGAUGAUCUAUGAAGUCAACAAUACCUUUGAUGAACGGCAUAAUUACUUGCUUAUCCCAGAAGCCUCGCAACCACGGGAAACCAAAACUUCCAAAACAGCCACGCAACCAAUUUCGACCAGACACCAAGUAAAAUUCUCCAAGGAACUUUUCGUAUCUCCCUUCAAUUACCGCAAUGAGGGUUACAGCGCUUCAGCAAACGACUGUCUUUACCCAGAAAUGAACGGCAAGGGUCCAUUUGACACAACCAUCACACUUUCUAGUGCUGAGGGCCAGCCCAAGGUCAUUGCCAGAAUCUAUUCUACUGGAAAGGCAAUUGACCCUUCUGUCCUUUCGGUCUGGGAGAGGACUCGUUUCAUUUAUUCCUGGUGGGGCAUCGGCUUUUUGACCGUACCACGAACAUUAUGGCAAGCAUACAUCCUCAGUAGACGCCGAAAGUUGCCAUUUGCAUUUGCUCCCCAGCCAAAGGAGUCAAAUAUAGGACGUACCGCUCAGGAGGAUGAGAUCGCUUACGAGAAGCUGUUCUUAGGUUACCUGCGUUAUGUGAUAUCCAGGAUACCAAGUCCGAUACGUGUCAAAUACAUUGCAGCAGGCAUUCAUACUGUCGAAGAGAUCGUUAUAUACUCACCCGCCGCUCAAGAACUUCUUUGGAACAACCCCGAAAAACGAGAUGAAGUUGCGCAACUUGAAAUUAAGGUUCUCUCACCAACUCUAUACUCUCGCCUACUUCACUACGGCUUUUGCUCCAUCGGUCAUAUUCUUCUUUCCGAAUCCCAACUUCUAAACCAAACCAUCAAAAUAUCCGACACGCAAAUCUUAUCCAGUGUCUUCGGUUCAGCAUGUCCACCUCAAAAAGCCACACUUGCCUCAACCUGGCAAUUGCCUUGGUAUGAGCGAACCACCCUUGAUCUCCUCUCGGCGCUCACCGAUUCGAAAAAACCUGCACCUUAUAUAUCCAGCAUUGAACGGAAAGAAUGCGACCAGGAAUCAACGAACAAGCAAUUACACCACGCACAUCACAUCAAGGCAAACACUGAAGGAAGUGCGCCCAUCACCUUACACGAAUAUCUUGCAACCACCGAUGCAGCACUUCGGCGCACCUUUCUCAUCAACGCAAUGAAAUUGGCACUUGCUCCGUAUGUUGCUUUCGAGAUCCCUCUUCUUCUCGACUUUGAGAUUUUCGUUCUUCGUUGUGUUGGGACUUGGAUUGCUGUCUACUUACUCUCUUAA